AUGGCGGCGUGCCGGGGAUCCUCGUCCAAGUGGUUCUUCACCCGGGAGCAACUAGAAAACACACCGUCCCGCCGAUUCGGAGUGGAACCGGACCGGGAGCUGUCCUACCGACAACAAGCGGCGAAUCUGGUCCAAGACAUGGGUCAGAGACUCAACGUCUCCCAACUAACAAUAAAUACAGCUAUUGUUUACAUGCAUAGAUUUUAUAUGCACCACUCUUUCACCAAAUUCCACAGGAAUACAAUAUCUCCGACCACCUUAUUCUUGGCCGCAAAAGUGGAAGAGCAACCUCGGAAACUCGAACAUGUGAUCAAAGUUGCACAUGCCUGCCUGAAUCCCCAAGAAUCGCCUCUAGACACAAAAAGUAAUGCAUACCUCCAGCAAGCUCAAGAGCUGGUGAUACUUGAAUCCAUAGUGCUGCAGACCCUGGGCUUUGAAAUUACUAUUGAUCACCCACACACUGAUGUGGUGAAAUGUUCCCAGCUAGUGCGAGCAAGCAAGGAUCUGGCACAGACUUCCUAUUUCAUGGCUACCAACAGGUUGUUAUCCUGCCCCUCCUUUGUUGCACUUUGACUGCACACCAUAGCUUCCUGUAAUGCAGGGUACCCUUUCAGUGUCCAACGGGCCCUACUUGCGCUGGUGGUUGUUGGGACGCUUGCCUCCUCCCCUCGGCUCCCCUCCCUCGUUCAAAGGGAGCGGGACAGGGUGGCUCGUAGCGUUACCGGCCCCAGUCGCAGUGCGGUGUAUUGUACAAGGGACCACGUGUUGGCACAGAUGGGUUGAAUGCAAGAUGUGAAGUGUAGUGGUGCGCUUGAAACCCACAUGUUUGUUCGGUUGCGAAAAAGUGCAUAAUUCUAAAAGAAAGACACUUUGGUAGCCUGAAUAGCAGCUAAAGAUUUCACAGAUGUAAACAUUUCUCGUAGAGGUCUUUCCGGUAAGUACCGCAAAUUCAUUUUUGAAAUUCUCUUUUUCAUAUCCAUUUGUUCAAAAUGCAUUAUCUCCUCAAAUUUUUGUCACUUUUUAAUAUUAUGCUUGACUUUUAAAUGCAUAUUUUUCUAGCUGCUGUUCAACAUUUUUCAUUAACGUAAAAGAUAUUACAUAAAAACUUAAUUGUGACCCAUUAAGGACCUGCAGUGUUAGAAAAUACUAAGCGUAUGAAUAAGCUAUUCAGUCUCUUGUUUUCAGAUCAAAAUUAAUUUGGUGAUGAUUAUUUCUGAGGAAGACUUAAUAUCUUUCUUGACAUGUCUUUAAGUCUGAAAACUGGGUCCUUAAAGGGUGUGUAUAAAGUAUUAGAGAUUUGUAUUACUGUAUUUAACUUUGUCCUCAACCUGUUC